CUUCAAUAUUUGUAUUUAAAUUAUUUUUCUGAAUUGUUCUUAUCCCAUCCAUAGUCAAUAUUCGAAUCUUCUAGAUUUGGAUGGGGAGAGGAAAGAUUGAGAUCCGGAGGAUUGAUAAUUCAACUAACCGACAAGUAACUUUUUCGAAGAGGAGAAACGGAUUGCUGAAGAAAGCGAGGGAGCUGGCAAUCCUUUGCGAUGCAGAAGUUGGAUUGAUGAUCUUCUCCAGCACCGGCAAACUCUAUGAAUAUGCGAGCACUAGGUCAGCACUGCUCCAUAUUUUUAUUUAUGUUGUUUAUGGAAAUACGGUUUAAUCCAUUUUCUUUUUCUUGUUUCUAAUUUAUUGUUAAUUAUCUCUCUUCUAAUUAAGAUCUCUUCGAUCC